AUGUCGACAAGAAAUCGCGAUAGAUUAGUAGUCACAGAAGACUCAGACGACGAUUAUGAGCGAGAAGAGUCAGGCAAUGAGAGUGGAGAAGAAGGACCUUCCUCGAUGGACGCUGGAAAUGGAGAUCCAGACGAAACAGUAGCGUUUCCAGCUAUUCAAAGAAAAAAGAAAAAGAUGAUCAAAAAGUUGACUCGAAAAGAAAAAAGUCUGAAGCAUAGUGUUAAAGAAUAUCGCACCAAGUUGGCGAUGGUCAAACCGGAUGUUACCACCGACAGAGAGAAAGAACGAAAUUUGAGACGGAUCGCUACAAAAGGUGUCGUUCAACUGUUCAACGCCGUCUCGGAUCGACAGAAAACAAUGUCCGACGCCGUGAAAGAGAAGAUGACAGCUCGUGAACGAAGAGAAGCACGCCAACGUUUCGAUGGAAAGAAUUUCGAUUCGGAUAAAUUUGCUGAUGCUGGUUAUGGAUAUGGAGCAAAGAAGGAAGUCAAAGGAGAAGAGGAAGAACAAAUGGAUAUGGGAGACGACGACGAAAUUGAUACCGGAAAUUAUAGUGAUGAAGAUUGA